GCUGCGGAUCAAUCGCGCCGCGGAGACGUGCGCGAGGCGCGAGGCGGCGCUGCACGGCACACGGCAGUAUGAGCGGCGGCGGCGGCGGGCCAUGAGCGCGGCGCUGCUGCUGCUGCUGCUGGCGCGCGGCGCGGCGGGCGGCUGCGGCGUGGCGGAGUUCGCGUGCCGCAGCGGCGCGUGCGUGCGCGCGGACGCCUUCUGCGACGGGGCGGCGCAGUGCGGCGACGGCAGCGACGAGCCGCCGCGCUGCUCCGUGUGCAACCGCACGUACUACGGGCGCGCCGGCGAGGCCUACGCGCUGGCGCUGCGCGCGGCGCCGCGCGCGCCCUUCCUGUGCCACCUGACGUUCACGGCGGGCGGCGGCGCGCUGGGCGAGCUGGUGCAGCUGGCCUUCGACGAGUUCCGCGUGGGGCGCUUCGCGGCCGGCGCGCUGGACGGCUGCCCCGACGGCUACAUGCAGCUGGCGGAGCUGGGCCGGCCGUUCACCGGCGGCUCGUGGUGCGGCGCGGCGGACGGCGCGGCGCUGUACUACAGCGAGACGGCCACGGUCACCGCCAGCGUCAAGCUGCUGCGCGCGCGCCUCGGCGAGCCCUUCGGCUUCCGGCUGCGCUACAAGUUCCUGGCGCGCCGCGACGCCGUGGUGCGCUUCGGCGCCGCGGGCGCGCCGCUGGAGCGCGGCGCCGUGGCGCCCGGCACCUACUGCACGCGCACCUACGAGGAGUGUCACCGCAAGGCGUGCCGCCUGCAGAGCCCCAACUACCCGGGCAUGUACCCCAGGAACGUGUCGUGCUACUGGAGCCUGCGCCAGAAGGCCGUGCCCACGUGCAAGCACGCCAUGAUCUCCGUGCGCCAGGACCACGCGCACAAGAUGCAGAUCAAGCGCUCCAUCGCGAUGGCCAGCCUCAACAAGACGGGGCGCGCGGUGCGCGCGUGGCGCCAGUGCACCGGCGAGCGCGACCGCCUCAUCUUCUACGACGGCGCCAGCACCGACGACCCCGUGCUGCUGGAGUACUGCGGCGGCGACUGGCUGCCGCCCGUGGCGGCGCGCGGGCCCGACAUGCUGGUGGCCUUCCACUCGUCGCCCUACUCCGCGCCGCCGCGCGCCGCGCCGCCGCUCGCGCCGCUGCGCGGCUUCGAGCUGGACGUCACCGUGGUGUUCGCCGACUCCGACUCGCUGGACUACGCGCGCGAGGCAAGGCGCUGCGAGUUCCACGUCAAGGCGUCCGCCUCCGAGGAGGAGUGGAACGCCACCGCGCCCGCGCGGCGCCGCGGCCGUCUGCGCGCGCCCGCGCACACGCUGCCGCCCGGCACCACCUGCACCUGGACCUUCCACGGCCGCCCCGGCGACCUCGUGUGGAUCUACUUCUCCAGCUUCACGCAGUACUCGCUGCUGGACGCGCGCCGCGCCGACAGCGCCGAGCGCGACGACGCGCCCGGCGGCUGCGCCGUGGAGCUGCGCAUCUGGGACGGCGGCGGCGCGGGCGAGGCGCCGCUGCUGGGCCGCUACUGCGACGCGGCGCCGGCGCUGUGCGCGCGCGCCGCGCUCGCCAACGCCACGCGCGCGCCGCGCCCGUGCGCGCCGCCCGACGGCUACGUGUCGGCCGCGGCGCUGCUGGCGAUGGCGGCCACGUCGCGCGCCGGCACGGCCACGCACCCGCUCGCCUUCGCGCUGCACUACGAGUUCGUGGACGCGCGGCUCGAGGGCGAGGCGCUGCCGGCGGCCGAGUCGCGCGGGCGCGCCGAGCCGGCCGAGUGCGCGCGGCGGCUGACGGAGCCGGGUGCGUUCGCGUCGCCGCGUAACGCGCUGUGGUUCGGGCGCGGCGGCGCGCGGCGGCUGCGCUGCGUGUACCGCGUGCAGGCGCCGGGCGCGCGCGUGGAGCUGCGCCUGCUGGCGGCGGCGUUCGGGCGCGCGCCGCGCUGCAGCACGCGCGUGGACGCGCUGAGUGGGCGGCCGGAGUGCGCGCCGGAGGACGCGGCGGCCGCGGACGAGGAGGGCGCGCCGCUGGUGCCGCACCUGCUGCUGUUCGAGGCGCCGUGGCCCGGCUACCGCGUGCCGCUGGGCUGCGUGUGCGACAACGCGUCGGCGCCGCUGGCGCUGGCGGCGUGGGGCGGCGCGCUGGAGCUGGAGCUGGCGGCGCCGGUGCUGGCGCCGGCGGAGGACCACCGCCACCUGCACUUCCACGGCGAGUGGGCGCGCGCGGCCGCGCCGCCGCACUGCGCCGCGCGGCGCCGCCUGCCGCCGCCCGGCCAGCACCUGCACCUCGUGUACCCGUACAGCGACAACGCGGAGUCGGAGUGCGGCGCGGCGCCGUUCCUGCUGGCGGCGCGCGGCAACCGCACCGUGUUCCUGCGCGUGUGGGGCGAGCGGCUGGAGGGCGCCGAGCCCGCGUGCGCCGGCGCCAACCGCGUGCUGGUGUACGCGGCGGACGGCGCGCGCCUGCUGGCCGCCGUGUGCCCGGGCGGCGCGCGCGCCGUGCGCGUGGCGGGCGAGCGCGAGCUGCUGGUGGUGUGGGCGGCGCGCGAGGCGGGCGCGGCGCGGCUGGCGUGGAUGGAGGUGUGGCGGCCGGCGGGCGGCAACGCGUCGGCGUGCGCGCACGCGUGCGGCGCGCUGGGCGCGUGCAUGGCGCGCGCGCUGUGGUGCGACGGCGCGGCCGACUGCCCGGGCGGCGCGGACGAGGCGGGCGCGUGCGGCGCGGGCGCGCGGCUGCUGGCGGCGCUGGGCGCGCCGGCGGCGGCGGGCGCGGCGGGCGCGGCGGGCGCGCUGCUGGCGGCGGCGCUGCUGCUGGCGGCGGCGCUGCGGCGGCGGCGCGCGCGGCGCGACAAGCGGCUGCUGGGCGCGCUGGCGGCCGGGCGGCGCCUCACGGAGGAGCUGCUGUACGACGCGUCGCGCGCCUCGUCCGUGGCGUCCUGACGCCGCGAGCGCUCCGUCGAGUACAUCCACGUGGACCGCGAGACCACGGUGUGACGGAGCGCCUCCCGCUGCCACCGGAACCGACACUGCCGACGAAGCCGCCGCCGCUUCGGACACUUUACUGCGGCGAUCCCUCUUACUGUUCAGUUCGUUUUGUGUUGCGUCCGCGAGACGGGUGACGAAUGCUAGUGACUGUGUAAAUACGUGUACAGUACGACCGCCGACCGCCGCGCGCCCCGUGGCGCGACUGUCGCGUCGCAAGCCGCGAUGCGACGUUCGCGUCGCGAGUCUGCGCGCGCGUUCGGACGCGAAUGUCUUCAAACUGUGUGAUUUGGUUGUUAUCGUUUUGGAAGUGUAUAUUCUAUGAUGAUUUCGAUGAACUAUCCCGUCCUUCGUUUACUCUUAAGUUGUGGAUCGCUAAUAUAUAAAUAUAAAUAAAUAAAUAAAUACUUAUUAUAUAGUUC